AUACUGGUAUAUACAUUGGAGCAAAUAUGGAUUCAAAAGUUAUUGUUCUAUGGAAAAAAUAACCCUUUGUGUAUUUCCAUAAGAAGACAGCGGAUGUGACUUCACUAUUGUUUUGAUCAAACAAAAAAAUAUCUGCUCGUGUGAACUAUAAAAAGAACCCAAAACAUCUGACAUCUACCUCAGUUAACUUCUCGAGAGAAAAGAUGCAUCUCAUAAAUUCUGUUGUUCUCCUUGCAUUGGCGCUGUGUUUAUCACCAUACACGGUUACCGCUCAAAAUUGCGAAUUCCUUUGCGAGGAAUCUGGUGGACCGGUCUGUAGUACCGCCCGUAUACAGGGUAGAACAGUUACAUGUACAUUUGCCAACGAGUGCAGAUCAAGAAAGCAUAGCUGCAAUACCAGAAGAAAUUGGAUACCCGUACCUGGACGCUGUGCUCAAAAUUGGGAGAAUUGUCCGAGACGCGGUGCCAAUUAGCUGGAGAUUGAA